AUGUCCUUCUUCCAGAAUCUCAACACGCACACAUUGAAGACAACCCGUGCCUUCAAGAACCCGCACGCGCAAGAUGCAUAUCUGCAGAAUGAGCUGUCUGAGUCUCGCUCCGCCGCCUACCCGUCAUACAGCUCUCACAACAAAAUCCGGUCGUACGCGGAGCAGUCGUUAGGCUCGGAUUCGGCCUUGCAGCAGGCAGUGAAGUUGCCUCGCGAUGAGUCGCUCCAGGAAUGGUACGCUGUGCACGUGGUAGAUUUCUACAACCAGUUAAACAUGUUGUACGGCUCCAUCACAGAAUUUUGCUCCCCCGAAACGUGUCCGCGCAUGUUGGCGACCCAGGAAUAUGAAUACUUGUGGCAGGAUCCGCCAGCAAACUCCAAGCCGUAUCCGUUGCCAGCUCCACAGUACAUUGAAAAGUUAAUGUCCUGGUGCCAGCAGAACUUUGACGAUGAGAACGUGUUCCCUGCUAAGAUGGGGCAGCCCUUCCCGAGCAGCUUUGACACGUUAGUCAAGACGAUGUUCAAGCGGUUGUUCAGAGUGUAUGCGCACAUCUACUGCCACCAUUUUGACGAAAUCAGAGAGUUGGGCUUGGGAAGCCACUUAAACACCAGUUUGAAGCAUUUUGUUGUUUUUGUGGAAGAGUUUGGCUUGAUCAAGAGUAGGGACUAUGGCCCGUUAGAAGAGUUGUGCAAAGGAAUGCUUGGGCAAAUGUGAUGGUCCACGGAGAAAGGAUAGCUUGUGCUUCCGGGAUGAGCUAGCACGAGCAAAAUCUCGUUCAAAUGACUCUCUGGAGUGUUUAUGCUAGAGGUAAUAAUGACUUAGAUGAACAACACGGGUGAGAUAUGGAAUGUGUUGGAAAGUUUAAACAGGUGUACGGACGGAUGAAUCUGGAUUUAUACCAUUUGAAAUCCGCCAUUUAGAAGCUUUCUCAAAACGGAAAGUGUAUUAUUUUUUUAGCUAGCCGAUUAGGUGGGAAUACUUCAUCCAAGUAUGAGUCUUAGGCUUGGACCCUACGACUUUUCAAUGAAUUCUUCAAUGAUUGAUUAUCUAGAGCAAUGGAGAAGUUUGUUCUACGGAUAUUAAACCCCGCCACUGAUACAUAGUUUCAAAUAUAUGGCUCGUUGUUC